AAAUCCAAUUAUAAGGAAGUAUGCGACACGGGGGCGUGGGUAGGUUGUUGAUAGCAUUUUGUCUUUGCUGCCUUCGAGGAAGGAAAGUCUAUUCCUUGUUUUCUGAGAGUGAAGUUAAGUCAUUGGAGUGUCUUAUCGAAAAUAUUGCGGAUUCCGGCGAUUUCCAUUUGUCUCGUGUAUUGCUUCUUUCGCUUGAAUUAACUGCAUGUAAAAAGCAGAGCCUUGAUCAGAUUGUGCACUUAUGUUGUGUUAUUUUUCUUCUGGAGAUGUUUGGUUCCACAGAGGAGCUACUACUUUGGGCGGAGCAAUAUAAGAUCAGAUGUCAUAGUUUUAGUUUCCAUUUGAUAGGUUUUCCCAUGAAUUGUUGUACUUCAAUUCAGGAUCGCCUUUUUCAUCUAGACACUUCCAUGGAAGCAAACGAUCCGUUGAGCUCAGAUAUCACUUUUAACAGAGGGUCGAAAGCUGAUGGAAUAAUUUUUGGCUUAAAUGAAGUGCCAAAUUACCAGCGGUCAGUGCUAGAUAAGCAAACACUUUCAAUUCGUCCGUCAUUCCAACUUGAGUUCCAGGUGCUUGCCAAUAAUACAUCAUGCUGGAUGCGUAAAUAUUACGGGAAAACAAUGAAGGCUGUGAUUUUUCCUUCUAUUCAUCAGUGUAAUAAUACGUCGAAUUUCAUAAUCCUUCUCAUAAAGAUAAAGGUCAAAGUGAUUUUUGUUCAAAAAACUAUCAGUGAUGAUAUUAAGGAGCAUCUCCUAAACGAGAAAAUUUAUUGGUUUGAGCGACUUGGCAAGAUUCAGACAUCUGAGCUUAGAAAAAACAUGUCUGAAUCCUUUUUUCACACCGUAGAUGAGUUUUUAUUUGUGUCGAAGAAUUCUCUUUCACCUCCAGCUUUAGUUCAGAUAAAAUUAAAAAGGGAUGCAUUUGGUGUUUUUGUUCUAGUGAGGAGGAGAUGUAUGCAAAAUAGGCUGGCUUCCACUUUAGAAAAUAAUGGAUGUAUUCUUGAAGGGAAUGGAAUAGAGUGCCGUGAUGUCUUUUCAUUUCCACCCUUCUCUUCAUUAAGGGCCAUUGGCCCUGGAAAGAGUUCAUUUGUUCAUAUCGAUACGUUUUUUGACACAUUAAAGCUGCUUGUUGGUAAUCUUUUGCUUGAGUCAUCUUGUUCCCUUAAGACAACAUAUUCCGGGAAAGGUACUACUCGGCAGAGCAUUUUAAAGCUUUUAUGGUCUACUAGACUUUUUGAAAGUUUAAAUUAUAGUAUUCGUCUAUUACAAACUUCUUAAAUCUUUAUAUCCAAUGUGCGUAUAGUUUAUGCAUUUUAGUAAUUGCCAGCAAAA